GGAAUAACUUUUGCGACACACUCGAACACUGGCUGACAGGUCCCACCGCCCUGGGAAGCCACGCGGAACUGGCCAAUCCGCAAACCUUCGUGGUGGUAUUCUCGAUUCCGCCAGACGUUCUGGAAAACUCUCGACAAGGUCAUGGGCGAAGUCGCGAAGAUCAUUGUCGGAGCUGCCAAGACGAGAUAUGACUUCAUCUACCGAGUAUACUGUACACACCAGUGACCCUAUCGGAGACGUGAGCGGCAUCGUCUCGCACGCAAAUGGCGAAAGAGACAUGACUUAUGUUCUCACCCGCCUCAGCAGUGCUUAUUCUCAUGGGACAAUGGGAGUGGGGCAAACCGAAGCGGACCUCGGCUGAACUUCACACCUCCCCAAUCAUCGACUCAUCUCGCACCGGAAAACGAUGGGCUCCAUUGAUAAGAGGAAACGCGGGAUUUGGCACUGUUUUCCGCUUCCACAGCACCACGACUGCAAGGCUCCAAUGCGGAGGAGAAGCUGGGGAUUCUCAUGAAGCGGGGGGAGAAGCAGUUCCAGACUCUAAUUCGACAGAUGCAGCAUGUCUCAGUCUCGAUACAACGAUACCUCAAAGUCUCGAGAUGAAGCAACACGCAUCCAAAUGUCGGCCCUCUUCGUCACUUCGCUCCAAGACGGCGGCCACUCUAGCCCGAGGCGAUGCGACCCUAGCUCCGCCGUUAUCCCCGUCGGGCUCUGAAGAUCGAUCACCCACCCAAUGGGCCAACUCUAGUCCUCUCCUCGUCAGGUUGUCCCUUUCCUUUCCCAAUCCUGUUCCGAUUGCGUGCCUUGAGGAUACCCACACCGCGCACCCCACCAACACCCUUUUCACGCCGGUGGAUCGGAUGCGGGUUGCCGCCCACCACCCAUUCCAUGGAUCAAGCACCAGGUUCCCUUCCCACUCGCCGCCCCCUUUGACGGCGGCGUUGCGCUGCCGGGGGGCGUGGGCUUGGGCGUGGGACGUUUGAGAAAUUGUCGGUUUGUAAAACUCUUCUGUCUCUCCCUCGCUUUUUAUACCCGCUUUGUCGACUGCGUCUAGCUGUGAAGGGAGUUUGUUACACCUUGGGUCAGAGAUACUACUAGUACGGUUAAAAAUCUCUUGUCCCGAGGCUCGGCGCGCC